CUGUUAGCCAGUUGUUUCCCUCUCGUCUCCUUUAUUGCAAUCUCCGAAGGGAGACCGAGGUCUAGACCUUUGAGAUUUGGAUGUCAUAUCUAACCUCCUUGUCUGACCUCACCUCCUGAGCUCACAAUUAGUUAAAAUUCUUUUCAGGAGGAGGGCUUGCAUUAGAAGAAUUGACGCAGGAGGACACCCACUACUCUCAAACUGUCUCAACCAUCCUUCAACACCAAUCCACCCGGUGGUCUGACCCAUCCUCCACCGCCUACGCCACCAUGUACUCCAUCCUAUCUUCCUUCACCAAGUGGUCCACCACCCCUCCCGACCACCACCGCCACCCUAAAGUCCCUGUCAAAGCCUUUUCUCAGUGCCUCCUCAAAUACGUACUGUUCAGCGUCCCCUACCUCCACACCAAGCACCAGGAAGAACUCUCUCCAAAGUCUCGCGACAUCAUUGCCGACUCUGCGUCCCGGUUUCGAAAAGGAACGCCUCAAGAAGAGCUCAGUGCCAACCAUGUUCUUGCCGAACGACGUCGUAGAGAGAAGCUCAAUGAACGGUUCAUCAUAUUGAGGUCUCUCGUGCCGUUCGUGACUAAAAUGGACAAGGCCUCAAUUCUUGGAGACACCAUAGAGUACGUGAAGCAACUGCGUAAGAAAAUUCAGGAUCUCGAGGCAAAGACCCAUCAGAUGGAGAUUGAUCAACGGUCCAGAAUGGUGGGCCCACAAAAGUCAAAGGGUAGUUUGAGAGAGCAGAGAAGUGGGGUCACGGUGGUUGAUAGGGCUAUGGUGGUCCCAGGUUCGGAUAAGAGGAAAAUGAGGAUAGUGGAGGGGAGUGGUGGAGCGAAGUCGAAGGUGGUGGAUUCGCUGACGCAGACGGUGGUGGCCGGAGAGGCGGUGCAAGUGGAAGUGUCUAUAAUUGAGAGAGAUGCAUUGGUAGAGCUUCAAUGUCCGUACAGGGAGGGCUUGUUAUUGGAUGUGAUGCAGUCGAUGAGGGAGCUCCGGGUGGAGAUCGUGACCGUCCAAUCAUCGUUAAAUAAUGGGGUCUUUGUUGCAGAAUUGAGAGCUAAGGUUAAGGAGAAUAUAAAUGGCAAGAAAGCUACUAUCAUGGAGGUAAAGAGGGCAAUUCACCAAAUAAUACCCCAAAACUGACUCCUACUUAUAUUAGGAAGUGGGAUUUCUCCGUAAUACUUUCUUAUAAGUUUAUUUAAGAAUAAAUCAUUUAUCGUGAAUACAAAUAAGAACCGCUGGUAAAAGGUAGUUCUCAAACUAUUCAUGGUGAAUGACUUACGCUUAAAUAAAUUUGAGAGAAAGUAUAUUAGAAAAAAUCUCAAAUUUAUUUAUGUAGAACCAAAUUUUUAUAGAAUUGUGUGAUCGGUAGUGGAUGAUCAAUGUGAUGAUUAGUCAUAAACUAAGUAGGUAUCAUAUUCAAGACCAAGUGUAAGAUGACAAUAGCUAGGCCAAGUAUUCUAGCAAACAAUGCAAUACAAACAUAAUUCUCGACUUAACUGCUGAAUAUAAG